GCCCGGGUCCGCCGCGGGUGCCCGGCGAGGGGAGCGAAGCACCGGGCGGGGGACGCGGGGCGGGGCUCCCGGGGUCGGCGAUGCCCCUUCUCAGCGUCAUGCCCCGGGACGGGCUCGUUCGGAGGGUCUGGGGUGGGAAGGUGCAGGUGAGCAGCGGUUACCUGCAGCCCGCUAAAGCACGGGCUGGUAGGAUUGGAAAGCCGAGAGUUCAGCCGGGCACGGCAGGGUGUUCCUUGAUGGCUCUGCGGCCAUCGGAGCGCUGUUUUCUUCCUCUUAAAAUAACACCGGCUAUAAUGACAGUUUCAUAACAGAACAACAGAUCGAUGGAGAGCAAAUAUUUAUGAGGAAGACUCCUCGUUGCACUUUCCCCAUUUCACCAUUCACUCGUGUCCCGAGAAAGAUAGAAAGUGCAGCACUGAAUGAGUGAGAAAGGCCGCUUAUUCCCUCAUGUGGAAAUUAUUUGUAUUGCAUAGUUUCACUGUUCUGUGUGGUUUAUGGACCGUGUGUCUAAUGAGCUUUCUGUACCCCAGACCGAAUAAACGAGUACAGCAGUCAUCUAAAGAUGUCAGGAAAAUGCAUGCUAGAGACCUAUUUUAGAGUCAGUAAAACUGUACAUGAUGGACUCUGUGUCAACUAAAAGAUAAUGGCAGGGAUAGAGCUGUGGAAACCAAAUAGAAAGGUCUGUACAUCCUUUGUUUAAAUGGGAAAUCUGACUUUGUGGCACAGAUUUGGGUGGUCCUGUGUGCAGCCAGGAGUUGGACUCGAUGCUCCUUGUUGGUCCCUUCCAACUCCGGUUAUCCUAUGAUUCUGUGAUUCCAAUCAAAGCUGUUCAUUCUUUGACAGAACAGCUCGAUAAAACUUUGACGUUGCUGCCUUUGACAUUUAAACAGGGUGACGUUAUUUACACAUUACAUGUCAGGUUGUUGAGUUUCUGCAAAAAUGAACGUUGCUGCUCACCUCCAGCCACAGUCAGCAUUGAGCUGAUCCUCCACCCCACUACCUCGCUGUAGCUUCAUUGCUUUCUGCAGAAAUACCUUUAUCUUGCAGCCAGCCAUUCAGGUUGCACAUCUGAAUGCGUUAAGUUGCAUACUUAGCCUUGAGGAUGAAUGUAGGUGUUUGCAGAAUCAGGAUGUAGUUCCAGAGUGAUGCACUCAGAUAAAUCAUGAACCGUCAUAGCCAGAACAUAAGGGAUUUGGGAAAGAACUCAGCCAGUUGAGCGCUGCAGAUUUCCUCUGGCUUCUGAGCCUAGAUACAGCAAGAACUGUUGAAUCAACUAACACUCCAUUUGCUUCAUUAACAAUUAUAGGGAAUCCAUCUGAAACAUGUCAGCACAUACAUACACAGUAAUAGAUAGAUUCUGCAGGACUGUAUACGUUAUAACUGUCAUGGCAUUUUUCUAGUGUACAGGCAUCUAAAAAGUAAGAAAAUGAGAACUGGCUACUUUGACUUCCCUAGCGGGCUGCAGAGCAAUGGAUAAGCUAGGAGUGUAAAUGAGGAGAAAUGCCUAUAUUUGUCAAAUCCCUUUAGCUACACCAAACGAAGGCUGAUGUGGCAGAUGUAGGGCACUGUCCCUGCUGUUAGCAGCAUGCUGCAACCAACCAGGGCCAGGUCCCAGGUGUGGCCGCACCAGCUCCACCACGCCUACCUUCAGGGCCCCGGCUGUGGGGCUGGAAUUAGGAACAUCCAGUUCUGGCUCCCAGGCUCCUGCUGCACUCCUUAUCCAGCGACUGCAUUGCGCGCACCUGCCCAGCGCAAGAUCUCAUCACUCCCAAGCCUAAGUCUGUAGGACAGGGUGGUUUGCCUCAGUUCAAAGGGAUGGAGAGGAGUGUUGAGCCCCUUCUGUAAGGCAGCUCUCCGGGACAUCCCUCUCCCCACAUUUCUUCCAGGCAGUGCAGGCAUCCUGCCUAUGUCGUGCCACCUCAAGGCGUGCGCACUGCCCAGGAAACUUGGGUGCUUAAUCUGGCAUCGUGCAUUCCUUUCUGGGGCUGGGCACAAGGUGCUUACUUACAGCACUGCUAAACUGCAAACCUUUAUGAACAGAGCCCUGAGUUCUGCUCAGCUGCCGGGAGCGCGGAACAUAAGGUCACGUUUAAAACAGUUCUCACCACAUCCUCAGGAUCCCAAAGAACUGUAUCCCAACACCUGCUAACUGCCUUUCUGAAUGAGCAUGUUUUUGCAGAAGUGCAGUUCGAUUGAAGUGGAAGCAUUUGAAGAUAUGCUUAUUGUCACAGGGGAUAUCUAACUGAAAGGCUUCGCAGAUCCCCUGACUAUAGACUAGGAUUAUCAAAAGCACAAAGGACAGCAUAAGAAAGGAAAACUUGAAGUUGUCAGGGAGAACCUAAGCAUUUUGGUGAAGUACAUAGAAAUUGGAUUUAUAUUCCAGCAGAGAGCAAGAUCACCUUUUGAAAUCUAAGAAAUUGCCUUGAGCAGAAUCGCUAAUUUCUGUCUACCUCUAGUUACUUAUCUUGUGUGGUGAUACCACACAUGAGGUAUGUCACUAACAUGCUGAUGAGCUCACCAGUGCGUUAGGUGGAAUCCAGUGCACCCCAAACAUGCUGUAAUCUCUAGGCAGUGAGACUGGUCUGCUUACUGCCCCGUCUUGCUGAACUCCUAUGCCCCUAAACUUAGAAAACGUCUAACUCACCCAGAUUGUCAUUACUCAUAUGCUUAAUCACAAGCACAAUUAGAAGUGCUGCCUCUCAGAACUGACCUGAUGCCCCAUCCCUGGAGGCGCUCAAGGCCAGGUUGGAUGGGGCCCUGGGCAGCCUGAGCUGGUGGGGGGAAGCCCUGCUCAUGGCAGGGGUUGGGGCUGGGAUGGCUUUACGGUCCCUUCCAACCCAAACCAUUCUAUGAUGUCCUUCCAGCACUUCUCUCCUGAAUAAAAGGUUCUCCUGAAUAAAACCGUUCAGCACCUGAACCCUGAGAGUUGGACCACUCACACGUAAUUGAAGGCUUCCAUCUCUAUCACAAGUUGCCCUCAAUAGUACCUGAAAGCUGUCUCCUUAUUCUGGUUGGAUUGCUUCUUGGUGGGAUUAUUUUUGGAGCAGAGGAGAAGUCCCCACCUGUAAUGAACAGCGAUGUGUUUUUCUUGUAUCUUCUACCACCAAUUGUACUCGACGCUGGAUAUUUCAUGCCAACUCGUCUUUUCUUUGAGAACUUUGGUACUAUAUUCUGGUAUGCCGUGGUGGGCACGCUCUGGAAUGCCAUUGGCAUUGGGAUUUCACUUUUUGGAAUUUGCCAAAUCAGUGCAUUUGGUUUGACUGAUAUCACCUUGCUGCAGAAUUUGCUCUUUGGCAGCCUCAUUUCAGCUGUGGAUCCUGUGGCAGUGCUGGCUGUGUUUGAAAAUAUCCAUGUCAAUGAGCAGCUCUACAUCCUGGUGUUUGGAGAAUCGUUGCUGAAUGAUGCUAUAACUGUGGUCCUGUACAAUUUGUUCAAGUCUUUCUGCCAGAUGCGCACAAUUCAGGUUAUUGACAUAUUCGCUGGGAUUGCUAACUUCUUUAUAGUGGGGAUCGGUGGAGUACUGAUUGGAAUCCUUUUGGGAUUUGUAGCAGCCUUUACCACCCGUUUCACCCAUAAAAUCCGAGUGAUUGAGCCACUCUUUGUCUUCCUGUACAGUUACUUGUCAUACAUAACAGCUGAAAUGUUUCAUCUCUCGGGCAUCAUGGCGAUUACAGCUUGUGCCAUGACCAUGAAUAAAUAUGUGGAGGAAAAUGUUUCCCAAAAAUCCUAUACAACAAUAAAAUAUUUCAUGAAGAUGUUGAGCAGUGUCAGUGAGACCCUGAUCUUCAUUUUCAUGGGAGUGUCUACAGUUGGAAAGAACCAUGAGUGGAACUGGGCCUUUGUUAGCUUCACUCUCCUGUUCUGUUUAAUCUGGAGGGCACUGGGUGUUUUUGUUCUGACUCAGAUCAUUAAUGUGUUCCGGACAAUUCCUCUCACUUUUAAGGACCAAUUUAUUAUUGCCUAUGGUGGCCUCCGAGGAGCUAUUUGCUUUUCACUUGUAUUUCUGCUUCCUCCUUCUGUGUUCCCCAGGAAGAAAUUGUUCAUCACUGCUGUUAUCGUGGUGAUAUUUUUUACCGUUUUUAUUCAGGGAAUAACAAUCCGUCCUCUGGUGGAGUUUCUUGAUGUCAAAAGGUCAAAUAAAAAGCAGCCUGCUGUCAGUGAAGAAAUUUAUAACAGGUUCUUCGAUCAUGUGAAAACAGGAAUUGAAGAUGUGUGUGGACACUGGGGUCACAACUUCUGGAGAGAUAAGUUUAAAAAGUUUGACAAUAAAUACCUGCGAAGACUUCUCAUCCGGGAGAACCAGCCCAAAUCCAGCAUUGUUUCUUUGUACAAGAAGCUGGAAAUAAAGCAUGCCAUCGAGAUGGCAGAGAGUGGCAUGAUAAGCAAGGUGCCUUCGUCAGUGUCUCUCAGUGAAUAUCAUGAAGGGAAAAUAAAGCCACUCUCCCCCACUGAGAUGGAAAACAUGCGGGAAAUACUAACAAAGAAUCUCUACCAAAUACGUCAUCGAACCAUGUCAUACAACCGACAUAGCCUGGCUGCAGAUGCAAAUGAGAAGCAGGCCAAAGAAAUUCUGAUCCGUCGCCGACACAGCCUUAGGGAGAGCCUACGGAAAACUAACAGCCUGUCAAGAGAAAGACCGGCUGCUGCAAAUACAAAAAGAUUUCUUUCACUUCCUAAAAACACUAAACUCCCAGAGAAACUACGUGUGAGAAACAAAACGUCUUCCAGAGUGGGUGACAGCAGUGACUCUGAAAUGGAUGCCACUACCACAGUACUCAAUUUAAGACCCAGAGCAGGAAAAAUCUUGAGAGAGCAGAGACUGAGACAGCAGCGGCCACCCUCUGAGUUUAGCAUGGAGUGGAAGAACGAAGUUGAUGGGAGCCAGAACGGACAAGGAGAGCAGCAGGAGCCAGGCAGCCUGCCUCAGCCAUCCAUUGGGUUCAGGCAGCCGCUACUGACAAGACCAAGAUUUGGCACUUUGAGCAGGGAAGAUUUGACUGCAGACCAUGGGUUGGCAAGACCUGUGCCACCACCACGAUUAGUUAGGCAGGCAUCACAAGGGGAAAGGCAGAGAAGUAAGCCUGAGAACCAGCCGUACUGAACGUAGCAAAGAUUGAACUGCUGGUAUCAAACCGUGGAUGUACCAAAUUCAGAUUCUAAACAAUCUGAUCAGACAACGGGAUCCAUUAAAGAGAAGACAAACUUCAGUGUGAAUCUAAGCAUUUCCAUUUGGGUAAAGCCAAUGCCAUUAACUAAGUGAAAGGAAUACUGCAGCAAUUGCAAAACUGAAGACAUUAAAAAAAAAAUAAUCUGUUUUAUAGAUAACUUAUGGCGAUGCUUUGAUUACAUUAUUUCCACUAUUAAAUAGGAUGGAAAUGUGCCUUAUCACAUCAUCUCGUGGAACCAAAUCACGCAGGCUCAAUACCCAGCUAUCCAGUGAAAAUCACUGUUGAAAGUCCAGUGAUGAAGGGAUUCUUUACCGAAAUCUGUAUCAUUUCAGAUUUUAUUUAUGAUCAAAUGAUACUUGUUUUGACCAGAGCAUUAAUAUGAGUAACACUGAAAAUUGCACAAUGCACCUAUCGUAUAGACUUUGUAAGAAGCAUAAACAUAUUCCUGAAGCCCAAUUUGUUUGAAGAGCCAUGAUGUGGAUAAGAGGAAGAAGAGAAGGAACAAGCUGUAGGAGGAGAAUUACACGUGCAGUUCAUAGAAGUUGCAACAAAGACAAGACCUGAAUAGCUUGAAUUUUUUGUUUCUGAAUUUUUGCCAAUAUGUAGCUUUUAAAAUGGUACUGAGAAUCACCAAGGGGAAUCUAAAUGACCUUGAUGGUCACUAACGUCAAUAAGAGCUGAGAGUACCUAAAGGAAUACCAGAAGCCCCCAAAAUAGAAAACUUCAAGUAGAUAACUAGUGCUCCUGUUCAAGAUUGCUUUUUGCACCUUAGCAUCUUCUUCGCAGUGCAAACUUGGCAGAAUAGUUGUGGAGCACUGCACAUAGAAUGCUGAGCAGUGUCCUGUUUGAGUCAGGGACCACUGAGACUGAAGAAAGCUCCUUCCCUCGUGUUUGUGACCAUGGUGAAAUUAUUUACUUUUUAUUUCUUUAUCUAUAACAGGGGAAAGACUGUCCUUUCUUUCUCUCCCACUGAUUUGUUUGUACAGAAAAAUAGCACUCCAGGGGCUCUGGAAUCAGUUGCAGUCACUGUGCACCUUAAUAAUGCCCAUAAGAAACACAGACUUUCCUCAUCUCAACAUUAAUGGCAAUCACUUAAGAACAUAUGGGUAGGAAGGAUGCAUUAACAUAAAUGAUACUUAAUAGGUCUCAGGAAUUUGCACUUUCUGUCCCACUUUAUCCUAAGUUUUGAGCUUGCUUCAGAACAGAUACACAUUUCAGUACAAUGCACAAAUCAUUUUAAUUCUUCUUGUUAAAAGAUUCAUAACUUUCAUUUAAGAAUGUACACUGUGAAAUCAUAACUUUUUUUUUCGUUAGCACAUUUCUAAAUCUGUGGGCAAUAAGAUUCACUUUUUUUAUUUAAGCUUGUUUUGAAAGAACUAUUAAAAAUCAGAAUUUGCUUUUAAAAUCACAGGGUAGAUUUCUUUGAAAAAUUUGUGGGCCGGGAUUGUAACUGAGCUUGAAAAGGGAUAAUGACUUAACAGCUUUUCCAAGAUAUUAAUUUCAUGUAUGUAUUUGAAAUGCCAAACUUGCCUUUUAUUGGCUCAUGUCUUUUAAUUGUUUUCCUGUGUUCAAAGUAUGUAAUUUCUGCUAUGUGUCAAAUGCAGACGUAAAGCUGUGGAAGGAUGGGUAGGUCAACCCUAGAAAUCUUGGUCAGAUGUUCAUGGCUAUUCUCAAAAAAAUUUUGUGGAAAGCAUUACUUAUCUACCUUUUACUGGUCACCUCCUGUUUGGGAAUAAAACUAGGCUCAAACACAGCCAGUAAGCUUUAAAAUCAAAUUUGAUUGUCUUUCUAUGUGGAAAAUAUGUUUCAGCUGUGAAGUUGUCAGCAAGUACUUCGUCCCUGUGUUACGGAUAGAAUGCUCAAAUAAGAAAGAGGCCUUGAAUUUGGAUUUUAUUCUUGGAACUUCUUUGCAGAUUGGACUGUUUAGAUUAGGUGUUUUAUAGCAGAGCCACCUGAAAUCUGACCAAAUAAAUACAAAAUAUUGCACAUCAA